CAAACUCAAUUGUCUAAUGUCAGUUCAGUAUCGCAAUAACUGAUCACUUCGCAGAAGUGUAAAAUUGGUUUGAAUUAUAGAAUAAAUCAGUCCUAUUUAUUUAAAUAAUAUCAUGGCCACGAGAAAACCUAUUAGUUGGUUUCUAACCGAUCAAGGGCGACGAUUUUCUUUCGCUUUCAUGACGGGUACCGGCCUCGCAAUGACAGCCGCGAAAUUUUCUCCACAUACUUUUCUACUAGAAAAAUACCAAGAUAUGGUGGCUUAUUACCAGAAUAGUCAACCCGUGGAGCUUCCAAAGGAACUUUCUCAAAAAUGUGUAAAAUGUAUGGAUCUCUUAAAUUUGUCUGACACACACAGAAAGUUAAUAAAGCCUUUCAGUGUCUUUGGCUAUGACCUUUUCCAUGCUGGUAGCACAAGCUCUAAAUAUGGUGUCCUCAUUGGAAUUCCUGUUAAUUUUACUUAUAAAUCAUUAGAAGAUGUAGAAAAGCAAGAUGUGCAGGUCAAUGGAAAACCUCUAGAUUUAACAACAGAAGUAGGGAAAAAAUUAGGAGAGGCCAUAAUUUUGCCAGAGAAAGUUAAGGAUUUUGCAAUAUGCAGAGAGAUACUAAUGGCCCAAAACAGUAAAAUAAUAUUCCAAUCAACUUUUCCUUUUGUUAGCAUCUUUUUAGUUUAUAAUAUGGCCCAAUAUCUGAACAGAAGACUGAACUUAUAUGCAGCACAUGCAAAUGUAAGAGUUGUUUUGUAUUCCCUACUAGGUCUCUUUGGACUAGGUACCUACUUUUUGUGUCAAGACAUGUCGGAAGUCCAUUAUGAAACAGUAGCUGAUAAGAAACUCACUGAAUUGGGAGUGGAUUUUAUAGAGAGUGGUGUUAUAUUCUAUGAAAAAUUACUCCAAAGAAACCAGGCAUUGAGGGAGUUAAUGGGGAAGGAAGGUGAAAGAAAAUAUACUAAGCUUGGUAAUGAAAAUUAUGGUAUUCGCCAGCCACAUUUGGCUCUGGUCCAUAGGAAACAGUUUUUUGAAGAAAAAUUGAAAGAACUUCAAGACUCGCGUCAAAAUGAGAGUGAAGAAUUCAGUGAGGGCAUUCAAGAAACUAUAUAAUUGUAUGUUUGGAAACAAAUUUGAACAUUAAGUGUAGCCAGAGUUAAUUACAGUGAAAUUAAGGAAAUACAUAUUUAUCUUUAUCACAUA